AUGCAAAUAUUAUCUCUUUGUCUAUUAGUUUUGUUAUUUUUUACUAAUUGUACAUAUGGAUUCUAUAGUGCAGUUGCAUCUCCAACGGUUAGUACAUCUCUUACUUUAUAUACAACGGCAUCUGGUACAACAAGUGUAGUUUAUAUGCUAUCUCAAUCCAAACGUGGAAAUUUAAGCAGACUUCUUGCAAGUAUUUAUCUUCCAAUAAUUAAGGAUCAAUCUGGGGAAUAUAUAUUUUCAAUUUCUACAAAAGGAUGGGAAGGUAAUACCAUUAUGCUAUCUUCUAGUUUGUUAUAUUAUUAUUCUAUAUCAAAUACAUAUAGAAUAAGUCUUAGUGAUAUACCAAAAAAAGAAAAUACAUUACCUACUUUUCCAUGGGGAAAAGUAGAUGUCAGACAAGACCCUUUGAUAUCUAUAGCUCAAAUUGAAGAAUAUAUAAUCUCAUUAUGUGGUGCACAUUUAAUUAUACCUCUACGUAAUGUAGAUUUAUGGGAAAUGUAUCCAUUAGCAGUUUUAAGAAAAUUUGUACAAUCUCAAAAGAAAAGAAGUAUUAUUAGAGAUAUUGCUGAAAAAAAAGAUAUUCCAAACAAAAUUUUACAGGAUAAAGAAUCAAACAAUACAACAACCGAUUUAUCUAAUAUACCAUCAGAUAAUUUAAUAACACAGUUGAAGAAUUCAACUAAUUCACCUUGUAAUUUGAAUAAAGUGGAAAUAGAACCAAUUAAAUUGUCAUCAUGUAUAAGUGAUUUUAAAGUUAAAAGGAAUUUCUGCUUUGGAAAAUUUACUUAUGUAUGUAAAUCUAGAAAAGACCGCAAAGUUACAUAUAUUUCAGUACCAUGGGUAUCUGGUAUAAGAAAAUCAACUGAAGAACUUAAGGUUAUUUAUGAUUUUGUUAGAAAUAUGCAAACUGAUUCAUUAAAUGGAAAAUUAUCCAAUAUUAAUAUUAACCAAAAUGUCACUGCUGUAUCACUUGCAUUAAUUUUAUAUCUUAGAGAGAGACAAUAUGAUAAUCAUCUUGUUGAGUUAAUAAAUUAUAAAACUAACCUUUUUAGUAGGGUUUUUCGUAAAUUUGUAAAUGGUGUCUUAUAUAUAUCUGAUUUAUUUUGUUUGGCUCAUAGAAAAAAUAAAACAAAAUUAGCACCAUGGAAGAGAAUACCUGAGAUUCAAUGGAAAACAACUCCAGCAACAACUUUUGAACUUCUAGUUUUUACUACUCACUUAGAAGUACUUAGGGAAGUUAAGUACAGCUCUAUGGAAUGGAAUCAGUUUGAUUAUAUUAUUGCUGCAAUUUUGAAUUUUUUGGUUAUAUCUCUUGGAGUACCAACUCUCUAUGGUCAAUAUAUCAAUAAAGUUAGUCGUACAAAUCUUUUAUUUGAAAGAAGUGCCUUGAAUUUAGAAACAUUUCAUAAUGCCCAUAAACGUAGUUCAGAUUAA